AUGAAUACAACGAACAGGAUUUUAUUAGCCGUAAGAAACAUGGUAGAGGUUCUUCCCCGUUUUGUCAUUGAGGAUGGACCACAAGAAACAGAGCUAAUCACCCGGUAUCUUCAAGCCGCUCUUCUAUUAAUCUCUAACCUAAUUCCACAUAAUAGGACAUCUAUUAGUAAUAAUGACAAGGUUAUUAUGUUACGACCGGAUGCGUCGAUUAAUGUUGUGUACGGUGCCGCACUAGAUCAAAGAUUGGGCUGCGGUGAAAUCAAAUCUCAGUAUCAAGCACGAAAUCAUCGGCUCACUGGAUUGGAUCUCAUUCGCGUCGCACGUUUAACGAAAGCCGCCUCAGACAAGUAUAAAGCUGUCGCCACGUUUGCCUUUACUGUUGUC